AUGGAGUCCUCCGUAUUUCUCCGCUCUUUCCACUGUUCGGUGCCUACGGUUUCAAACGCACAGCCGCUAGCAGAAAGGCUCGGUGCAAUUUCUUCUGUCCAGACUGUUGGCUUCAGCAGGACGCUUGUUUGCUCGCCGGUCAAGAGGCAUUUGUCGAUAGUAUCGUGCGCCAAGACAUCUGAUUCUUCUGUAGCGUCCAAGUCUGCUGCAGAUGGCGCUGUACCAGCUGCGUCAGAGAAUAACGGUGUGCCACAUCGUGCAACUUUCCCCAGUGGAUUUGAAGCUCUGAUGCUAGAGGUCUGUGAUGAAACAGAAGUUGCUGAGCUGAAACUGAAGGUGGGUGACUUCGAAAUGCAUCUGAAGCGUAACAUAGGAGUUACACAUGCCCCACUGUCCAACAUUUCACCAACAGUGCCACCACCUAUUCCAUCUAAACCAAUGGAUGUAGCAGCUCCUGCUGCUCCACCAGCACCAACUCCACCACCAAAAAAGUCCAAUCCAUUUACAAAUGUCUCCUUUGGAAAGUCUCCUAGGUUGGCAGCUCUGGAGGCUUCUGGUGCUAGCGGCUUCGUUCUAGUUGCUUCUCCAACAGUUGGUACAUUCAGGAAGAACCGUACAGUGAAAGGAAAGAAGCAACCUCAGAUCUGCAAAGAGGGUGAUAUGAUCAAAGAAGGACAGGUGAUUGGAUAUUUGGAUCAGUUUGGCACUGAACUUCCGGUGAAGACUGAUGUAGCUGGCGAAGUUCUAAAGAUUCUUUUUAAUGAUGGAGAUUCUGUUGGAUACAAGGACCCUCUUAUCGCUGUGCUACCAUCAUUUCCCGGCAUCCAGAAGUAA